UCACCAAAACCUAUAUAAUGAAAUAAAAUAUCGUGGGUUCGACAGAAGACUCAAAAAUGCUCUCGACAAACUGUAAGAUUGUUUUAUUCACAGCAAUAAUUGGCUGCGCAUGGAUUGAAGCGCUACCGACUGGCGAUAUAGAUGACGAUUUGAAUUUGAAUCCCGACUACUUCGCGGCUAAUAAUUACUGCAGUGAAAACGAAUAUUACAAUAAUACUGUGCCGGAUUGUGAAGCGCAUUGUGACGAUCCUAAUCCCAUUAUUUGCAACAGGUUUGGUUCAACUGGAUGUUUGUGUAAAGAAGGCUACAUAAGAAACGCAAGAUUUGUUUGUGUCAAAAAAGAAGACUGCGACAAAGAAGAAGAAUAUCCAGACGAUUUGGACGAUAUUUUCGAAAAUGAAAACGAAUGGUCGACAAAUGAACUAUCAACUCCAAAACCUGAAAAUUCAUUGACUGAUAUUAAUGAUCCUGAGUUGAAAGGAGAGGUUGCCAAAACUUUCGGAAAAUUUCCUUCGAUCCCUGGAGCAGUAAAGUAUGAAAACGAUUUCGACCCUAAUGAUCCUGAAAUGAAGAACGUACUUGAAAAAAUUUUUGGAAAACCUAUUGUGUCUGAGCAAGAAAAUUUUAAUGAAAAUUUUUAAUCCAAUGAUCCAGAAAUAAAGAAAACCAUCAAAGAAAUUUUUGGAACACCUGCUAAUAAAGCUAACAAUUAGAAACUUUUAUUUUUGCUCAAAAAAAUUACAUUAAUUAAUUUUGUUUUUAUACUUUGAUUAUGUGUUAACGUGUUUUGUCAUUAUUAUUUUUUUUCUCUUAAUUAUAUAUUUUUUGUGUGCCCAAAUAAAGUAAUUAUAAAAUAA